AUGAUCAUGUUCACCAACCUUAAUUCACCCAAGAUGAAAAUUUCAGCACUCAUGUAUGUUUUUCUCCUUCAGGUUGUCUCACUUGCUUCGGCAAAAGGAAACCAACACAGAAGUGAUAAGUAUCAUAAGGAUCGCUCAUUCAUCUUUGGUGGAAUGAGAUUUGGGGAGGGGUAUGAUCCGGAUUGGGCACCAGGAACUUCCCACCACCGAUAUACGUUUUGGCCUCUAUCUUGGCCAGUAUCUAAUGACGUAACACCGGGAUACGCUGGUUACUUGGAUGUACAAGACAAGUAUGGCGAUUCCAGCAAUCCAGACCGUAAGGGCGGGCCGAUGACGGUUUUAUUUCUUACUGCCGACUCCACCAACCUCGCCGUUGUCGCAGAUCAAUACACGACUGAACAAUUAUCGCUAUCUAUUGCUGCCAAUUGCACCUCAUUCGUAUCAGAAUCUUUUCUGUCCAAUGUAACGGAUAGUAUCAAAACUUAUGAAGGCAUUCCUCGACCAGAGAAUGUUUUACAGUACUAUCGAUCCAGCAGCAUUGCGCUUGCAUCGAGCGGGUACAUCAACAAUGCGACGUAUAGUGCGCCUGGUACUCCGGAUACUGAAGUUCCACAAUUAUUUGGACUGCAGUGCUUCAACCAAACCAUUGGUAACACUGCACCUCUAUCUAUAGAAAUGAAAGGAAUAGACGGAGUGAAGAUUGCUGGGGUCAUCUUGUCAGUACUGGUUGGUAUGGCAUUUAUGAUCUUGGGUACACUUUAUUGUUACCGUUCUUACCUCAAGAAGAAGGUUCAGAAAAAGCGGGAUAUGGUUCCCCUCUUUUAA